GAAGAAGAACAACACAGAAGAACAGCAGCAGCAAGAACGCAGCUGGAAGAAAACACUUCAAACCUUAGUUCCAUCUCCUCUGCUGCCGUACUGAGGUCAACAGCAGCUCUGCAGAUUGUCAGGUGAUGAGAGUUUAGCUGAACGUCAGCGGAAUCAUGGAGGAUGACUGCAGGCCUCUGCUGAGCUCCGAGCAGACUGGAGGGAGCUACUCGCACAGAGCCUCCAUAGACUCUCUGGACUUCAAGCCUAAAAGACCUUUCCAUGUGGAGCCCAGGAACAUUGUAGAUGAUGACCCACAGGAGAGAGUCUCUGCCGAGGCGGCCAUCCUCAACAGCAGAGUCCAUUACUAUGGCAGGCUGACGGGCUCUUCUGACAGACUAUUGAGUCCUCCAAACCAUGUGAUCCCACGGCCAGAGGAGAUCUACAUCUACAGUCCACUGGGGACAGCUUUUAAGGUUGCAGGCAGCGACCACUCUAAAAAUCCCAGCAUCAUUACAAUAUUUGCAAUAUGGAACACAAUGAUGGGCACAUCUAUACUGAGCAUACCUUGGGGCAUAAAGCAGGCUGGUUUCACUCUGGGGGUCCUCAUCCUCAUUUUCACAGGCCUGCUGAUGUUGUACUGUUGUUACAUCGUCCUCAAAUCACCAAAGGCAAUAACCUCCGUGGACACAUCCAGCUGGGAAUUCCCUGAUGUUUGUAGGCACUACUUUGGAAAGUUUGGUCAGUGGUCCAGCCUGGUUUUCUCCAUGGUGUCGCUAGUUGGAGCCAUGGUGGUCUACUGGGUCCUCAUGUCCAACUUCCUCUUCAACACUGGACAGUUUAUCUACAACCAUGCUCACAAUGUCAACGUGUCAGAUUCAGAGUUUGGAACCAACGGCUCAGAAAGAGUCAUCUGUCCAUACCCAAACACCGACCCUGGAGGGAAUGAUACCAUCAGCACACUUUAUCUUAGCAGUAGCGGAAACGGUACCUCUGAUGUCAACGAUUUUCAACGCUAUUGGAGUAAAACCAACACCGUCCCCUUCUACCUCAUCAUUCUGCUGCUUCCACUGCUGUGCUUCCGCUCAGCUUCGUUCUUCGCAAGGUUCACUUUCUUGGGCACCUUAUCAGUGCUCUACCUGAUUGCGCUGGUUACUUACAAAGCUGUCCGCCUUGGCUUCCACCUGGAGUUCCACUGGUUUGACGCAACCCAGUUCUAUGUUCCAGAGUUCAGACUGCUCUUUCCUCAGCUGACUGGUGUCCUAACUCUGGCCUUCUUCAUUCACAACUGCAUUAUCACACUCAUGAAGAGCAACAAGCACCAAGAGAACAAUGUGCGGGACCUGUCUGUGGCUUAUCUUCUAGUAGGAAUGACCUAUAUGUAUGUGGGAGUGUUGAUUUUUGCUUCCUUUCCUUCACCGCCUCUCUUCAAAGACUGCAUCGAACCAAACUUCUUAGAUAACUUUCCCACCACUGAUAAGCUGGUGUUUGUGGCUCGGGCCUUCCUGCUCUUCCAGAUGAUCACAGUCUACCCUCUGUUGGGAUACUUGGUGCGGGUCCAGAUCAUGAGUCAGAUCUUUGGAAAUCAUUACCCCAGUUUCUUUCAUGUUCUGAUGCUGAAUAUCUUAAUUGUCGGAGCUGGUGUCCUGAUGGCCAAGUUUUAUCCCAAUAUCGGAUCCAUCAUACGGUUUUCCGGGGCUACAUGUGGCUUGGCUUUAGUGUUUGUAUUUCCUACAUUAGUCCACAUGAUCUCCCUGAGACGCCAGGGAAGGCUCAGCUGGCCCUCAGCCAUCUUCCACAGUUUCCUGAUCCUGCUGGGCAUAGCCAACCUGAUUGCUCAGUUCUUCUUGUGAGAAGCAGUCACUUCACUGUUCAAAGGUCAUGAUAAAAAAAAUUUGAUCGACAGUUCAGAUGGGAAUCUCUGUAAUUACCUGCAGAACUUUGAUGUACAUACGUAUUUUAUUUCAUACAAUGCAGCCUUUGGUAAUUCUAUGCUCAAAUCAUCUUUGGAGAUAGGGCCCCUACAGUAACUUGGAUUGUUCGUGCCCACACUGAUUCCAGACAUGCCCAGCCAAGUCUUCUAGACACACUGUGAACUAUGUCGAACCUCAGCCCAACUACAUCAGCAGCAGUACAUUCAGUAUAUAAAGUUACUGUUCAAAGCUUUUUUUUUUUUUUUUUGGUAGUGAACCUUAAAGUGCAGAAUUGAUAUUUUUUACAACAAUUUAUCAAAUGCCAAUGUGAAAAGGGCUCUAGUAGGGAUGAACCUACAGAGGAUAGGAUGAAUCUGAAGUUCCUGCUUUAUCGAGCUCCAUGCUCCGUUUUACUUGUCUGUUUAGCUCUCUGGCUGAAACUCUAUUGUUUGAGUUCACCCUUGCCUGUCUCAUAGCACUGUUUUGGCUGCAGCUGUUUCCAGAGGAAAAGCUCUAAAAGCCAACUGCACACUACCUGUUCAUCACCAAAAAGCAGACUAACAACAGAGACUACAACAGCUAAAGAGAUAGAUGUUGCCCUCAGGAGUUGGUUGAGACCAGAGACGGUCUAAAUAAGAAUAAUUUUGGACUUAUUACCAGUCCCAGUUAAUAUCAUUGGUGCUUCAUAAGUUAUCGAUGUUGAAAUAAGCAGCUGUUUACUAACAAGUUUAUCGUAUGAACUUGAACUUGGAAAGGAGAUAUGAUAAUGGUUUCCAUAUCUUCUCCUCACUGCCCCCAAGUGGUAAAGCAUGUCUGUUAUUUCAGGUCAAAAUGUGUCACGAUUUGGUAAAACCAGAUUUUAUGGUUUGCUUUUUUUUAUGGAAGUUGUAUAAUUCUUACACCAGGGAAUCAAAUAAAAAACAAUUUAAUAACAGUCCAUUAAUAACUUUGAUUAUCAGUAACUGUUUAUUUAUUUUUGAAGACAGCAGUGUUCUGUUUGUGAAUAAACUUUUGACAUACUCUUUUAAUUUUUAUGACCAGUGUUGAUUUACAUGUUGGACAUGUUUACGUGAUGCCCAUUUUCUAGAUACUAUGCCAACUGAGCUGUAUUUUACGAAUGAUAGGAUAGACAAAGGGAAUAUGUGUAUGAAAUAAAACAUAUCAAUCUGUAAA